AGGCUGCUCCAGACAUCAAAAGGAAAUUACAAAGAGUGGAGAGGCUGGGAGAGAAGAGCCUGCAGGACUUAAUAAUAGUAGCAGAAAGAGUUUACAAUAAUAGAGAAAGCCCGGAGGAGCAACAGACUAAGCGACCGGCAGACCCGAAAUCUGGCUAAGAUCCUACUGGCUACAACCGUGGAUGACCCACAGGAAAAACGGAGGUACCUCAAGAAGCUGACUUCAAAACAGGUAAGGAGGAUGGCUCUGGUCCCCGACAGGAGCGCCCUAAACUAAACAAAAACCAAUGUGCUUAUUGCAAGGAAGAGGGCCACUGGGUGAAAGACUGCCCUAACAAAAGAUCUAAGGCCCCUGCCAAGAUAUUGGAGAUGGAGGACCUGGACGACUAGGGGAGUCGGGGUUCGGUACCCCUCCCCGAGCCCAGGGUAACUCUCAGAGUGGAGGGGCAACCAGUUGAAUUUCUAGUGGACACUGGGGCACAACAUUCGGUCUUACUACAACCCCAGGAGAAAUUGGCAAGCAAGACCUCAUGGGUGCAAGGGGCCACGGGGGCCAAACAGUACUCAUGGACUACCUGAAGAACUGUGGACCUAGGCAUGGGCCGGGUAUCCCACUCCUUCAUGGUCAUCCCUGAAUGUCCCUACCCGUUGUUAGGUCGGGACUUGCUCACCAAGAUGGGGGCACAAAUUUGCUUCCACCCUGGAGGGGCAAAAAUCCUAGACAAAGAAGGGCAACCGAUUCAGGUGCUUGUCCUGAGUUUGGAAGACGAAUAUCGUCUCCACCAGACGCCCCCAGUUCAAUUAACUGACAUUGACUGUUGGCUACAGGAAUUUCCUCAGGCAUGGGCAGAAACUGGGGGAAUUGGGCUGGCCCGACACCAACCGGCUAUAUACAUAGAACUAAAACCGGGGGCAGACCCUGUCAGGGUCUGCCAAUACCCCAUGCCUCUCGUGGUGCGAACGGGAAUCACGCCCCACAUACAGCGACUACUAGACUCAGGCAUAUUAAGGCUCUGCCAAUCGGUAUGGAACACUCCCUUGCUGCCGGUGCGAAAACCGCACUCUAACGAUUACAGGCCAGUCCAGGACUUAAGGGAAGUCAACCGGCGAGUAAUGGAUGUGCACCCCACGGUCCCAAACCCAUACACCCUCCUCUCCACCUUGCCUCCAGACAAAAAUUGGUAUACGGUAUUAAAAAGAUGCCUUUUUCAGCCUGCCUUUAGCACCCAAGAGCCAAGACCUUUUUGCUUUUGAAUGGACGGACCCCGAGAAAGGCAUCAAUGGCCAACUCACCUGGACUUGACUACCACAAGGAUUCAAAAACUUACCAACCAUCUUCGAUGAGGCCUUACACGAAGACUUGGGUGAGUUCCGUUCUGAGCACCCUCAUUUGACCUUAUUGCAAUAUGUAGAUGAUACCCUGCUGGCGGCGGAGGACCAGGACACUUGCCUGCGAGGCACCAAGGACUUACUCCAGACUAUAGCAGCUCUAGGAUACCAGGCCUCAGCCAAAAAGGCCCAAAUCUGCAGAGCAGAGGUGAGCUACCUGGGGUACAAAUUAAAGGAUGGACAAAGAUGGUUGACAGAUACGCAGAAGGAAACCGUCCUAAGGAUCCCACAGCUGCAAACCGUCCGUCAGGUACGUGAAUUCCUGGGGUCGGCAGGGUUCUGUCGACUAUGGAUUCUGGGUUUUGCCGAGAUGGCCAGAUCCCUCUAUGACGCUACCAGGCACCAACAAAAUUUUGAAUGGACAGAGGCCAUGAACAAGGCCUUUAAUGACCUUAAACAGGCCUUGCUGUCUGCCUCGGCUCUCGGGUUGCCUGACCUAACCAAGCCCUUCUACCUGUAUGUAGACAAGAAAGACAGGGUGGCAAAAGGGGUCCUUGUCCAGUACAUAGGUCCCUGGAAAAGACCCAUAGCUUAUCUCUCUAAAAAGCUGGACACGGUGGCCGCUGGAUGGCCCCCAUGCUUAAAAAUUAUUGCCGCGGUGGCCACUAUGGUCAAGGACGCAGACAAGAUAGCCAUGGGGCAAAAACUAUAUGCUACCACCCCACAUGCUAUUGAAGGGGUACUCAAACAGCCCCCAGACCGCUGGAUCAGCAAUGCUCGUCUGACCCAUUAUCAGAGCCUACUGCUAAACCCCACCAGAAUUUUAUUCAAGCCACCUACAACCCUGAAUCCGGCAACACUACUCCCUAACUCAGACUGGGACCCCCCUCUGCAUAACUGUCAAGAGAUUUUGGCACAGGUGCACGGAGUCAGGGCUGAUCUCCGGGACCAGCCACUGCCGAACGUGGACGCCACCUGGUAUAUGGACGGCAGCAGUUUUGUCAGAGAAGGAAUCAGAUACGCGGGGGCAGCCAUAACCACAGAGAUGGAGAUCAUCUGGGCAGAGCCAUUGGCAGCCGGAACAUCGGCUCAACGGGCAGAACUGAUUGCCCUGGCCGAGGCACUAACCAUGGGAGAAGGUAAACGAAUAAACAUUUACACUGACAGCAGGUACGCCUUUGCCACCGCUCAUAUCCACGGAGCCCUUUACAGAGAGAGAGGGCUUCUGACAGCAGAGGCAAAGACUAUUAAAAACAAAACAGAGACUCUUGAACUCCUAAGGGCCCUCUGGCUGCCCAAGGCACUAGCUAUCAUCCAUUGUCCAGGACACCAAAAAGCAGACACACCACUAGCCAGGGGAAACUGGCUAGCCGACUCAAAAGCAAAGGAGGCAGCCCUUUUGGUGACUCAGGUUUUAACAACCAUGCUACCCGAUCCAGGGGCACUGACCCUGCCGGACACCCCCAACUAUACUGGCACUGACUUACAAUGGAUUAAACGCUUGCCUAUGACCCAAUGCUUGCAUGGCUGGUGGAGGGCCACAGACUCCAGCAUCAUCCUGCCAGAGGAACUAGGAUGACAAGUCCUAUCCAAAAUGCAUCGGAGUACUCCUACGGGAACAAGAAAGAUGGAAGACCUCAUACGACAUGCUAAGAUCAUUAUUAAAGACUCUCGAGCAAAGAUCAAGCAGAUUGUGGCAAGCUGUCAUGCAUGCCAGCUAACCAACGCCACCACCCAUGGGUCUAACCCCAGAACCCAACUCAGGGGAGACCGCCCAGGAACAUACUGGGAAGUAGAUUUCACUGAGGUAAGGCCUGGAAAGUAUGGGUUCAAGUACUUGCUAGUUUUCGUAGAUACCUUUUCAGGGUGGACAGAGGCAUUCCCCACCAAGCACAAAACGGCGCAAACCGUGACCAAAAAGCUGCUGGAGGACAUUCUGCCAAGGUCUGGAUUUCCUGCCAGGAUCGGAUCCGACAAUGGACCGGGGUUCAUUUCUAAGAGCCCAUGAGCGGGUGUGGCCUAAGCUGAGGGCCCUCUACGAGACCGGGCCGCCUCCUGACCCCCAUCAGUAUCGACCAGGCGAUUGGGUGUACGUGCGGAGGCACCAACAGCAGACGCUCUAACCUUGCUGGAAAAGACCCUACAUUGUGAUCCUGACCACGCCCACCGCUCUCGAGGUCAACGGAAUAACUCCCUGGGUCCACUACACCCACGUCCGGCCAGCUGAUUCACACGCCGUCCUCAAGGACUUUGUUCCGGAAUGGAAGAGUCAGCCCGACAAGGACAAUCCCUUAAAGCUAAGCCUGCGUCGCUCCCACUUACCGCGCUAAUAUUACUUGCGCUGUAUCCCCUCGCGGCUAAACCCAACCCCAAACCACUUAAUCUAACCUGGCAAAUCAUCACCCCAAGCUCUAAUCAGGUAGUAACCCAGCUGUCCGAGCUACACCCUAGAGGGACCUGGUGGCCUAAUCUGACUAUUGACUUGUGUGAACUAUUCAGUCAGGACCCCUGGCACCAAGGCAGAAUAGGAAUACCAGGAUGUGGCACCGAGAGGGCCAAGAUGGCCCUCCAAGAUACCUGUUUUUAUGUGUGUCCGGCCCCCUCUCAGUCUGACCAUAAUAAGGCCUCCAAAUGCGGUGGCUGGACAGACUACUUCUGCAAAACAUGGGGUUGCGAACAAACUGGGACAUGCAAUUGGCUGUCACAAAACCCAUCCGGCCUCAUAAAAAUGCAACUGAAUACUACGCACCCCUCAUGCUCGGAACGCCCUUACUGUAAUCCAGUCACCAUUUCCUUCACGGAGACCGGGAAACAAGAAACAAAUUGGGGGGUAGGACUUCUGUGGGGACUCCGGCUUCACCAAAGCGGGUAUGAUAACGGAGUCCUAUUCAUGAUCAGACAACUAGAGAAACCGAAAGGUCAAGGGAAACCCUUGGGAUAGGUCCCAACACUGUGCUAGUACCUCCUCAACCUCAGGCAACACCUGCAGCACACCCUCUGAAUCUUGCCCACAACACCUCCGGUGGUGGCACCCCAGUCCCGACUCUCCUCUCCCCUCUCCUCCCCCUCGACCCUUCUCAGCACCCUCUUUGGGCCCUGAUGUCCAAGGCUUACAAAUUCCUCAACGCAACUAAGCCCAAUCUUACCCGAUCCUGCUGGCUGUGCUAUGACGUCCGCCCCCCCUUCUAUGAGGGUAUUGCAAUAAUGGGUCAAUGUAACACAACCACGGACCCUAAUGCUUGCAGGUGGAACCCAAAGCCUGGUAGUAAAGGCCUCACCUUGCAGUCCGUGUUCGGCCAGGGACUCUGUAUAGGCACUCCACACCACCACCAGGCUCUGUGCAACAUUACACAGCCUACAAAUAAUACAGGGUAUUAUCUACCGCCCCAAGACAGUUGGUGGGCUUGUUCUGAGGGUUUAACUCCCUGUGCUCAUGGUCAGGUUAUAAACAGAACUGGGGGCUUCUGUGUGCUGGCUCAGCUACUCCCUAGAAUCAUCUACCAUUCAGAUGAGCAGGUACUUCAGUGGAAGGGCGCAGAUACCCACGGGCGAAAUAAAAGGGAGCCCAUCUCCGCUAUCACCAUCACCUCCCUACUGGGAAUUGGAUUGGCUGGCGCAGGGACGGGUAUUGCCUCACUAGCCACCCAGGCCUCCCACUACAGUAGCCUUAGAGCUGCCAUUGAUAUGGACCUAGAACGCAUAGAAACCUCCAUUUCCCACCUCCAAGAAUCCCUAAUGUCUUUGUCUGAACUGGUGCUCCGAAAUAGGAGGGGAUUAGACCUAGUUUUUCUACAACGAGGAGUCUGCGCUGCCCUGAACGAAGAGUGCUUUUUCUACACUGACCACUCAGAGAGAGAUAGUACGAGAAUCAAUGGCUAAGGUAAGGGAAGGAUUAGCCAAGCGAAAAUGAGAGCGAGAGCAGCAACAGGGAUGGUUUGAAUCAUGGUUCAAUCAUUCUCCCUGGCUGACUACCUUAUUGUCCUCCCUAGCCGGUCCCCUGAUCAUCCUUCUCCUCCUUCUGACCUUUGGGCCCUGCCUCAUUAAUAGACUAGUGGCUUUUGUCAGGGACCUAGUCAACACAGUUCAACUCAUGGUACUCAGGCAACAGUACCAACCACUGACUCUCUCGACAGAAACCCAGAACCCAUGAUUGGGACCUGCAUAGUAUCCUCUGAAAAAGGGGGGAAUGUGGGACCCAAGGAAUUUAACAAAAAUCCCCUACCCCUGGACAAGCAGGCAAGACUAACUCCAUUUUGUGCUACACCCACCAUGUCAUGUGUAACCCCCACAUGACCUACUUAUUGCUUAAGACACUCCCCCACCCUAGUCAAGCCGCUGAGCACACCCUUACUGGAAACCGGCUCAUAUAGGAAUGCAGAACCCCUAACCGCCAAAGAAUGUAAACUCCGCCUUUUGCCCGCCAAACUUGCGCGCCAAUUCUGACCAGUGAUGGUUUAGUUCAGUUACUGUAGGGUAAAUUGUAAUUCAAUUGGCCACCUGCAUGUGGACUGACAAGACUAUGCAACUUUCUGUGUGUGUUACAAUCUCAUUGGCCACUGGCCCCUAUAAAACUGCUACGCCUUUUAACCUAGGGGUCCAAGUCCCUGCCCCUCUGUGUCGGGUAUACUUGGGCCCAAGCUCGAGCUUGCAAAUAAACCCUCGUGCGUUUG